CCUAGCAUAGCCCUUGCGCCCGGUCAUGUCAGCCUCUUCGAUCCAAAUUCUUCACCAAAACUCAGCUAAGACGGCGGCUUACACCGUCUUCCUUUGUCAAUUUCGGUUGUCCCGCGGGUUUCAUGGGCGCGGCUCGCUCCCUUGGGCAACCAGGCCAAGCACACGUGGCUCGACUGGCAUCUGCUCCCGUUGAGACCUCAACCCAAGGAAUGCUGCCUGCUCGCUACCGUUACCUGCUGUAUCUGUGCCUAGCAGCUGUCAACACCGCCCUAGUGCUUGUUGUUAGCGGCUCCCCUGCCUGCUUACCGGCCCGUGUGCAUUUAUUUAUGGGACUACCCAUCGUCCGUCGAUCGCCCCUAGCACGGCGUCGCACACACACCAGCUUCGCGUUGGAUUAUUCGUACGGCUCCAUUGAGAGGCAUCCAUCGUUGAGCGCCCGUUUCGCUCACUCGACAGAGAGCCAGAGCGUCGACCGCGACAGCUUCAAGCACCUUGACGGACGUCUGCAGCGCUCGUCAGCCGGGCCGUAGCCGCAGCUGACCGUCGCCUUAAACCCCUCCCCGAUCGAGUCAACAAUGUACAGGGUGCGGCGCCGCGAGCUAUGAAUGCGCCUGCACU